AUGGAUUUGCGCGUGGAGCAGCCACAGGUGGGCUCUCCUUCUGCGCCGUUUGAAGAGACUGAGGUGAGGUCUCUGAGCCUGGUUCGUUCUCCCCGUGAUGUGCUCAUGGAUGUGCGCAUUGCUCUUUUGAAGUACGAGAGGGAGAAGGAGGAGCGUGAGUUUCAGCUAAAGCGUGAGAUUGCGUUAAAGCGUAUUGAAGCGGAGGCUGUUACUGCUCGCGAAGUGGCCUUUAAAAAGAUAGAGGCUGACGCUGCGCUUAGGAUGCGGCAAUUGGAGUUGCAAUCAGCGGGUCGCAGUCCAGUUUCCUCGUCACCUGUGGUCAGUGCGCCUGAGUUUGACGUGACUCAAAAUAUCCCGCUUGUCCCAACUUUCCGUGUUGGUGCGCCCUCGUGUGGACGGACUGAUAACACCACGGUUUACAUUGAGAAGCCAGAGUUAAUCACUUCUGUGUCCCCUCCACCCACAGAUAAGAAAGCUGGUCGCAAGUUCAGUCUGGCUGGACUUGUGUUAAGUUGCGGCAUACCUGGACCAACCAAACUGCUUGACGAGGUCUCUACCGAAAUCAGACAGUUUUACCCUGGUGUGUUUCGGUUUUUGUCCUUCAUGGGCAUGGUGUUGGCGUUGGCAAUGCUGCUGGCUCUGCAGCGCCUACAUUUUUUGUUGGGUCGCCUUGUGACCCGGUAA